AUGUGGCGGUCACGCUACAACGAGCCUGAGGAACCUUUCCCGGGCAAGAUCUCAAAAACGGAAGCUGCGAAGAAAGAGCAUAUUCUCAUGAUUCAGGACAAAUCUUACACGGAAAGGGCUAUCGGGGCACUGAAAGUACUCUACAGCAAUCUCUCCGACGUCAGUGCCGACUUGCAGGCCAAGAUUGAUGAGGACAUCGCUUCUUCUGCUGCUCACAACAAAGAGCGGGAGAUUCAUAAGGAGAGGCUGCACGCGGAGAUUGCAAAGUGGGAGGACAUCAAGGCGAAGGCUGGUGAUUCCUUUCCAGGAGCGGAUACCCUUAACCAAGCAGGAUCUGACUCCUCAGAGAUGACUGCUGCUGAUCUAGAGGCUUUGAACAAGGCUUGCUAUCUCGCCAGGGAUACCCUCAUAAUGGCGGCAAAGGACAUCUUGCAAGUCUUAGAAGAAGACGAGCAGAGAGGGGCUCCUUCGUCGUCCUCGACUUCAAGGCAGAAAGGAACGGAACGUGGUGGCAGUCAUUGA